UUUGUCUGUUGACUUACAAAUCUCUUUAUUUUUAGCAGCUAUGGUUUGCAAAAUAAGCACAUUUGAUUUAAAAAUUAGAUCGCUAUAGUUGAGUGCAGCCUUUGAUGACCAAGUCUAUUUAUAUCUAAUGAAUAAAGUGUGUGCAUUGAGCUUGGCAGCAAAGUUUACCUACUUUUUGCUAUCUUAUUCUUCUUUUUUCUUUUUUCUUUUUUUUUCAUUUUUGUGUGAUUGAGAUAAAAUACAACCAUUUCGAUCAACCAAUGAAAUUGUCAUAAGGCCAAGCAGAUUAGACUUGCAAGCAUUGCUCCACCCCUUCUAAAGCCAAGCAAUAAAUCACCCUUAAUCAGUUAAUCUAUUCUUACCACCCUCAUCCCUGUCUCUCACUUUAGACCUCAAGUAAUGGAAUUCUCAUAUUCUGUAGCGGCAAUUGCAGGGAUUUUAGGAUUGGUACUAUUCUACAAACUAUGGAGGCCGGGGACUCCAGGCGACCAAAGUAGGCACCUAGUGUUAGCCCCAGAGCCUUCAGGAGCCUUUCCACUCAUAGGGCACAUGCUCCUCCUUCGCGGUCAACGAACCCUUGCUCAUACCUGGGCUGCCAUGGCUGAUAAAUAUGGCCCUAUCUUCACUUUCCGGCUUGGAGUGUUCCCUGCCCUUAUAAUUAGCAAUCAUGAAGCAGUCAAGGAGUGCUUCACUACCAACGACAGGGUAUUAGCUAAUCGUCCACGAUCCAAUGCGGGAAUAUACCUCGGCUACGAUCAUGCAGGCUUUGGCUUCGCUCCUUAUGGAGAGUAUUGGCGCCAGGUACGAAAACUAGCCAUGGUUGAACUUCUCUCUACCCGUAGGCUUGAGACAUUAAAGCACGUCCAAAUCUCCGAGGUGAACGCAUUUAUCAAAGAUUUGUACUUGUUUUGCAUGUUAAACGAAACAAAUCCCAACCCAAAGUUGGUCAUUAGUCAAAAACUUGAAGCCCUGACUUUGAAUACGAUCAUGAGAUUGAUGGCGGGCAAGAGAUAUUUCUGGGACACCACCAAUGGGGAAGAUGAUGAGGAAGCAGCACAUGUGGCAAAAGUUAUCAAAGAUUUCAUGUAUGUUUCUGGACUUAUAUCUCCAUCGGAAGUGGUACCGUUUCUAGGAUGGAUGGAUUCCAUGUUCAUGGGACAAGUGAAAUCCAUGAAGCGUGUUGCAAGAGAAAUAGAUUCCAUUGUUGGAGAAUGGGUGGAGGAGCAUAAACUAAAGAGGCUCAAGAGUGAAGCAAAACCAGACAACACUCCCGAUUUCAUCGACCUAAUGCUAUCUGCAAUUGAGGAGGAUUCCAUGUUUGGCUACUCUCGAGAAACAAUUAUCAAGGCUAAUGUAAUGAAUUUAUUCUUAGCAGGCUCAGACACAACAUCCAUUACACUGACAUGGAUAUUGUCAAACUUGAUGAACAACAGACAUGCCUUAAAGUGUGCUCAAGAGGAGCUGGACCUCAAAGUUGGCAGGGACAAAUGGGUUCAAGACUCUGAUAUUGAGAAACUAGUCUAUCUCCAGGCUGUUGUCAAGGAAACAUUGCGGCUAUACCCACCAGGACCGAUAUCAGUUCCCCAUGAGGCAAGUGAAGAUUGUAGCAUCGGUGGCUACCACGUUGGGAAGGGCACUCGUGUGAUUGUAAACCUGUGGAAAUUGCAUCGGGACCCUCAGGUUUGGUCAAAUCCUGAUGUGUUUGAACCAGAAAGGUUUCUUACAAGCCAUGCAGAUGUAGAUGUUCUGGGACAACAUUUUGAGCUGAUCCCAUUUGGGUCUGGGCGACGAUCUUGUCCAGGGAUCACAUUGGCAUUGCAAAUGACACACUUGACAAUUGCCAGCAUACUACAGGGGUUCGAGUUAUCCACACCUUUUGGUGAGACAGUGGAUAUGAGUGAAGGGUUAGGCAUUACCAUGCCCAAGGCUACCCCACUUGAAGUUAUCCUCAGUCCACGCCUUCCUUCUGCAAUGUAUCUGCACAGGACCUAAUCUUAUAGAUGACUGAUAACUAUGUAGGUUAGAUAGCUCUCCUACUUAUUUAGAGCCUCUUUUAGGCUCUAAUAAUGGAACUUCUUUACCAUGUUUAUAGCAGUUAGAAUUGUAUGAAAGAUUUCCAGUUUUGAAUGGGUAUCUCUAGGCCUGUUCCCCUGCGUUGAAUGAUAUUCUGAACCAACAGUUGGAAAGGAAUAAUGAAACAAUAUAUACUGUACUUUAGACGACUAACAACUUGGAACAUUAUGAUUACAGAAUAAUUUAACAGUUGAAUAUCAGCUUAAUAAUUUUAAUUGCAACACCUGUAUGAACAAACUAAAAGCAAGCAUUCUAAAAUUAAUAUAACUAUGCUUGCUACGCUACACUGGAGUACAGUAGAGGCUAAUUUCCUUCCACGCAGAAUAACAAUAGUUUGCUUAAGGUGAGGUUGAACUUCUUGUUAAACAAGCUCUUUUGUAGCUUGUGAUCCUUUUUUUUUUAUUUAGACA